UCGCCACGUGAUAUUUCCUCAAAACUAUCAGACCAAUCAAAACAGCUCACAGCUCUAAAACGUCCACUCAGGUCACACAUGGGGCCUCUUUUACUACUGAACAGAUAAGAGAUCAGAACAUUAGAUCUCACCGUCUCUCUGUCUAAACAGCAGCAAUGAUCGGAUUACUUUUCACUCUCUGUCUCUUUGGAACUGUGAAAUCGUCUGACAUCGUUGAUCUUCAAGUACAAACAGUGAGGCGGGGAGACAACACAACAAUAAAAUGUCAUCAAAAUGAAACCAAGCAUGAUUUAUUAACUUGGUAUCAACAGAGUUUAGGAAAGCUGCCUCAGUACAUCGUGAGACCAAUUAAGACUGAAGAACAAAAAGUAAACCACACGUUUAGUAAGAAAUUUGAAAACAGCAGCUUCACUGUGGAUACAGAGACGUUUGAUCUCAGCAUUAAUGGAGUCAAAGAAGAAGAUGUAAGAAUAUAUUUCUGUGGAAAAGGAGAGAAAAAUAGUUCAGAGUUUCUAUCUGGAACCCUUUUGCUGUUUGCAGAUGAGAAGAAUCCACCUGACCCUGCUAUCAAGAAUUGUUCAGUAGAAGCAGUUGCUCUGAGCUGUUCAGGAGAUCGCAGUGUGUACUGGAUCAGACACGGAUCAGGAGAAUCUCAUCAUGAUCAUGAACCUAAAUCUACUGAAGGAGUUAAGAAGGUCUGGAUUGUUUUCUUGGUAACGUCUAAUGUGAUAUCUGUUAUUGUGAUCACGGUUCUGGGUGGACUCUUAUGUAAGAAACAACAAGAAGGUUCUGUCAGUGGUCACCAAGACAACUCAAACCAUGAGGUUGAGGAAACAGACGUUUUGAACUAUGCGACUGUGGAAUUUGCACAGAAACCCCCUUCCAGAGCCCCCAGAGUCGAGGAGAGUCAAGAUAUUUAUUCACAGGUUCAAGUACGAUAGUCAGUAUAAGUGAAGACAUUUUCUGUUUUAUUGCAUUUAAUCUUAUUUUACUUUGUGGUACUUUGUGUUUCUCAUUUCACUGGAUCUUCUGAACAGAAGCCAGUGCAGCAAAUCACACAACAAACAAGCUUGAAUUAGACAUGAUGGA